ACACAUUACGUAUACGCAACGAUGGGUGGUGAGCGUUAUUAAGGCGAUAAAUAGGUAGGAAUAGAAGAAUCUCAGUGGCGCUCGCGAGAAAUUGCGAAAGAAUUGCGACGGUGGACAGAGACAAAUUUAGACGAGUCCCAUUGAACUGAAAGCAGAGGAAAGCAGAGAUUCUCCGAUUCUCUGUUGGCCAGAGCAAACUGUUGCUAUUGCUGCUGCUGGGGCUGCCACUGGGCCUGAGCCACUGGGUGGCUGUGGUGGCGCUGGUGGCGGUGGCAGUGUUUCUCUGGCGGGUGGCGGUGCCGAGCGAUGAUCAUGACCGCGUAAAGACGCAUAUAAAUAUAAUUAAAUCAACAAAAUAUAAGCAGACCAACGGCGACGCCGCCAAACAACAGCAAACAGCAGCAGCAGCAGCAGCAACAACAGCAGCAGUGAGGGGAUUGUGUAACUGUAACGGCACCGAAAUGAACAAGACCAUCCUGCACUGGAGCUAUCUGAACUUCAAGGAUGUGCCCAUGGAUCUAUUCCUGUACGAGGAUCUCGAGGAGGUCUACCUCAAGGAGAACUUUAUCUCGGUGAUACCCAAAUGGUUGUUAAACAUCACCACCCUCAAGUUUAUACACCUGGCGGGCAACAAUCUCAGCGAGCUACCCACGGACAUCUAUAUGCUGGAGAAUCUGGAGUUCCUGGACGUCUCCAAUAACGAACUGAAGGAGCUGCCCCCCACAUUGGGUCUCUUGCUGAGCCUCCAGCAGCUAAACGUGGCGGGCAACCAGCUUACCGAACUACCAGUGGAACUGAGCAGCUUGCGCAAUUUGGAGCAUCUGAAUAUUGCCAAGAACCAAUUUCGCCGCCUGCCGCUGCAAUUGAGCGAAUGCGUCCGCCUCAACGAACUGAACGUGAGCGACAACGAGGCACUGGUUCACAUCCCCGAGCGCAUCUCCAAUCUGCCAAUGCUGCAGUCCCUCGCCGCCGAUCGUUGCUCUCUCAUCUAUCUGCCGGCCGCCCUCUCCAAGUUCAUGAACCAUGUGCGCAUCUUCCACAAUACAGCCAUCAACUAUAUACCCAUGGUUUAUGAGAGGUUCUAUCAGAAUUUCUACGACAAUCGCCAGAGGAUCACUCCCAUAGCCGUUCGUCGCAAGGGUCUGUUUUGGAUACGCGAAUUGGAGACGAACUCCCGCCUGGUUCUGCCGGUUGGCACCCGCACAGUAUUUCCGGUUCCGUCCACGGAGAACCGGGUCACGCUCUACGACGACUGUCUGCAUGCCCUCCAAUCGCUGAAUCGCUCCACGCCCGUCUACGAGAACACAGCGCUUCAUCGUCUGCUCCCGGAACCCUAUAUGAGCUGUCACCUAAACAACGGCGCCAUCGCUCGCUGCACGACUACCACCUGCUCGAGGUGUCUGUACACCUCGUACUACUUCAUGGUCGUGAAGAGGCGCGGCAGCACUUCCAAGCAGCUCUUCACCUGCAACUUCUGCACCAAUCGCUGCGCCAUCCUUUGGUUGUCAAGUAAUGAAAAGAAAUACUACCAGUUACCCUGGCGAGUCUCUGACGAUGAUGACGACGAUGAUGUCCCCAACUCUGGCGACAAGUAG